CUAUGCUCAGGCAAGCAGACAGCCGUCAACAAUGUGUGCGAUUCUAAUGACCUUCCUCCUACUGUCACUCGGUGGCGGCUGGGCUCGGAGCGAGGAAGUGCACAUUGUUUGGGGUGUUUUGGGUGACAAUUGCUCAUUGCCAUGCACUGCACAGGUCAAACCAGGAGUGCAGUACUUGUCUGUUAGUUGGUACAAGAUGGAGCUGCGCGGCAACCCACCCACGCCGCAACGCCGAGGCCUAGUGUUGCGCGAUCUGCCCGACGGCGCGGUCGAGCGCUAUGUGAGCCUGACGCGGGAGGUGAUCCUCAACAACGACACCAACGACAUCCUGCUGCCCAACGUCACGUGCCGCGACAACAUCGCGUACAAAUGCCGCCUGUACGCACCCGUCGGGGAAAGAAACCUAGAGGGAGAGGUGGUCCUCAAGCUGUCAGAUUGCCCCGGCAUACCCAUUGGAGUCCUGAAAAUGAAUAUUGAAUGGAUCAUUUUGCUUUCUGCUGUAAUGAUCCUGACACUCUUUUUCUCCCUGCUGUCUUAUUGCCUUUUGAGAAAGCGCCGGCAGGACCAAAAAAAAGGGUGGAAAGAUGUCAAAGCGUCACUGGGCGCCAUAUGAGAGUUUGCCAAUGGAUCUCCAGGUUGUGUGCCGAAACAUCCAUGCGUCCAUCCCUUCUUCGAGCCGCUUAUCCUCACGAGGGUCCCGGCCGGGCGUGCUGGAGCCGCCCCGGAGCAGUAGGCGGGGUACACCAUGAACUGGUUGCCAGCCAAUUGCAGGUCGCACGUAGACAAACACCCAUUCACACUCACAAACACACCGAGAGACAAUGUAGAGCAGGGGUGCCCAAUACGUCGAUCGCGAUGGAUGGUAGCUCAGGGACUGGUCUUGAGUUGAUCACGAGGGGUGUUGAGGAAAA